AUGUUUAACAGAAUUUUAGGUGGAUUGAGUAAAACGAGUUCAACAAUAUUUUCAAAGAUUGGAUCCAUUCUCGGAGGUUCUUCUACUGGUCCAAGAAAAGUAUUUAAUGAAGAAGAUUUUAAAUUAUUGGAGAGUGCUCUUCUUUCAAGUGAUGUCGGAAAUAACACAACUCAAUUAUUACUUCAAAGAAUGAAAACACAAGUUACGAAUAUUGAAAAAGAGUUAGAACUCAAUCCAAAUAUGACAGAUAUCAAACCAAUGAAAUCCAUUUUGAGAGAAGAAAUGUUAAAAUUAUUUCAAAAUCCAAUGCAACAACAAAUAGUGAAACGAUUACAACAAAAUCAAGGAACGGCAGAGCAAGAAAUUUCAGUCUCUCUAAUUCCCAUCUCUGUGAAAUCGAGGCCUACUGUCGUUCAAAUUUGUGGUGUAAAUGGAAGUGGAAAAACUACAUCGAUUGGAAAAUUAUUACACAAAUAUAGACAAUCAGGAACUGUGAGACAUAUGAUUGUGGCAGCUGCUGAUACGGUGAGAGCAGCUGCUCCAGAUCAAUUAAGGUCAUGGGUAGAAAGAACACCCGAUUGUUCAAUUGUUGAUUUAACAGAAUCAGAAAAAUUGAAAAAACAGUCUGAAUCCGCAACCCAUCAGCCAGUUAAAACAAAGAACAUUCGUCAAGUAAGCUAUAAAGUACCAGCUGAGAGUGUGGUGUACGAAGCGAUUCAACAAGGUCUGCGAAAGGAAGAUGUCGAUGUUGUGUUUGUAGACACGGCUGGAAGAUUGCAAAAUCAAGAAGCAUCCAUGAAAGAAUUAGCUCUUAUUAAUGAAAUGUGCUCCAGAUCAAGAAAAGGUGCCCCAGAUCACACAUGGCUUGUUUUAGAUGGAACCAUUGGUCAAAACUCAAUUCAGCAAGCAAAACUGUUCCAAAAGUAUGUUCGAAUAUCUGGAAUUAUUGUGACAAAACUUGACGGAAGUGCAAAGGGAGGCGUUAUUCUGGCAAUUGCGAAUGAGCUCAAAAUUCCUGUCUUGUAUAUUGGACUCGGUGAAAGCGUGCAAGAUUUGAGACCAUUUUACCCCGAACAAUUUGUUGAUUCAAUUUUGUCUGUGACAGAGCAAACAAAAGAGAAACCACAGGACGAAGAAGAGGAAUAA